AUGGCGACUACAGUGGCUCCGGGAGCCGCUGGCAACAACACCUUCAAGGACAAGGAGAAGCCUAUGGCCGUGCGGUCAUCCAACAUUCUCGCUGCUCGAGCUGUGGCCGAUGCCAUCCGAACUUCUUUGGGACCCAGGGGUAUGGACAAGAUGAUCCAAACUCCCAAGGGAAACACCAUUAUCACCAACGAUGGCAACACCAUGCUGAAGGAUAUGAGCGUUAUGCACCCGGCCGCCCGGAUGCUGGUCAACCUCAGUGCUGCACAGGAUGUAGAGGCGGGUGAUGGUACCACCUCCGUUGUCGUUAUCGCCGGUAGCCUUCUGGGCGCCGCCGAGCGCCUGCUGUCCAAGGGCAUUCACCCCACCGUCAUCUCCGAGUCCUUCCAGCGCGCCGCCAAUGCUGCUGUCGAGAUCCUCCACAACAUGUCCCGCCCUAUUAACCUGACCGACCGUGCUACCCUCCUCCAAGCCGCCUCCACCUCCCUCUCCUCGAAGAUUGUCUCCCAGCACUCUGGUCUUCUCGGCCCUAUGGCCGUUGACUCCGUGCUGAAGGUUGUCGACCCCAUGACCGCUGAUAACGUCGACCUGCGCAACAUCCGUAUCGUCAAGAAGGUUGGCGGUACUAUUGAGGACAGUGAGAUGGUUGAUGGUCUGGUGUUGAACCAGCCCGUCAUCAAGAGCAGCAGUGGCCCAACAAGAAUUGAGAAGGCCCGGAUAGGUCUCAUUCAGUUCCAGCUCAGCCCUCCCAAGCCUGACAUGGAGAACCAAAUUGUCGUGAACGACUACCGCCAGAUGGAUAAGAUUCUGAAGGAGGAGCGCCAGUACUUGCUGAACAUGGUCAAGAAGAUUCAGAAGACCAAGUGUAACGUGCUUCUGAUUCAGAAGUCCAUUCUCCGCGACGCCGUUAACGAAUUGUCCCUGCACUUCCUUUCCCGCCUCAAGAUUCUCGCCAUCAAGGACAUCGAGCGCGACGAGGUUGAGUUCCUGUGCAAGAGUCUGGGCUGUAAGCCCGUUGCCAACGUUGACAGCUUCACCGAGGACAAGCUCGGAACCGCUGACCUAGUCGAGGAGGUCCAAGCCUCUGGUGCUCGCUACGUCAAGAUUACUGGCAUCAAGGCCCCCGCAGUGCCCAUCAACCAGACCGUCUCGAUCGUCGCCCGCGGUGCCAAUAGCCUGAUCCUGGAUGAGGCCGAGCGCUCCCUCCAUGAUGCCCUCUGUGUUAUCCGCUGCCUCGUCAAGAAGCGUGCCAUGAUUGCUGGUGGUGGUGCCCCUGAGGUCGAGGUUGCUCACUCUCUUGCCAUGCGUGCCCGUGAGCUCACUGGUACCGAGUCCAUCUGCUGGAAGGCGUUUGCCGAUGCCAUGGAGGUUAUCCCCACUACCCUGGCCGAGAACGCCGGUCUGAACUCGAUCAAGGUUGUCACUGAUCUGCGCUCCCGUCAUGCGCAGGGCCAGCACAACGCUGGUGUCAGCAUCCGCAGCGGCGGUGUCAAGGAUGAUAUCACCGAGGAAAACAUUCUCCAGCCCCUGCUGGUCAGCACCAGCGCUAUCGAGCUGGCUGCGGAGACUGUGAAGAUGAUCAUGAGAAUUGACGACAUUGCUCUGUCGCGGUAG